UUAAAGCACAAAUGCCGUGGUGGGUGACGGAGAGCGUCUGUUCUGUCGUAUCACGGGGCAGAAAGCCUUGCCUGAGAGGUUUAAUGCGCUGGGUGCUGCCCUGGCGCUGAGGAGGCCUCGUUCCUGAGCUCUGGGCUGUACCGGAAAGGCUCCAGACGUCAUUAAGAUGGUGCUUGCUAUGUAAUUGGAACUCAGGGAUGCAAGAGAAGGAAACACUUACUCAGAAUUAAUUAGUCACAAUGAAUAUGCUGCUGUUCUUUACUUUGGGAUUAUUUGUACAUUUUGUGUUCUUCGUCUCUAUCUUUGACAUUUAUUUUACAUCUCCUUUGGUUCAUGGAAUGACUCCUCAGUUUACACCAUUGCCUCCUCCAGCAAAAAGAUUAGUGCUAUUUGUUGCUGAUGGCCUGCGAGCAGAUGCGCUUUAUGAGUUAGAUGAAAACGGAAAUUCUAGAGCACCAUUUUUAAGGAAUAUCAUAAUGUACGAAGGCAGCUGGGGAAUUUCUCAUACACGUGUGCCAACAGAGUCACGUCCAGGUCAUGUUGCCCUCAUAGCUGGAUUUUAUGAGGACGUCAGUGCCGUGGCCAAAGGUUGGAAAGAAAAUCCUGUAGAAUUUGAUUCCCUUUUCAAUGAAAGCAAAUAUACAUGGAGCUGGGGAAGCCCAGAUAUCUUGCCUAUGUUUGCUAAAGGUGCUAGUGGAGAUCAUGUUUAUACACAUAGCUAUGAUGCUAAAACAGAGGAUUUUGGUGCCAAUGAUGCAACAAAACUGGAUACCUGGGUUUUUGAUAAUGUUAAGGACUUCUUUGAUACUGCCAGGAACAAUCAGUCUUUGUUUUCAAAAAUAAAUGAAGAAAAAAUAGUUUUUUUCCUGCAUUUAUUAGGAAUAGAUACAAAUGGACAUGCCCAUCGGCCAUCAUCAAGGGACUAUAAGGAUAAUAUUAAAAAAGUUGAUGAUGGAGUAAAGGAAAUUGUGUCCAUGUUUAAACAUUUUUAUGGAAAUGAUGGGAAAACAACAUUUAUCUUUACCUCUGACCAUGGAAUGACAGACUGGGGUUUCCAUGGGGCUGGUCAUCCUUCAGAGACAUUAACUCCAUUAGUCACUUGGGGAGCUGGCAUCAAGUAUGCCCAAAAAGUAUCUGCUCAGGAAUUUGAUGAUGCAUUUUUGAAAGAAUGGAGAUUGGAGAAUUGGAAGAGGCAAGAUGUAAAUCAGGCUGAUAUUGCACCAUUGAUGGCUUCCCUUAUUGGAGUUCCUUUUCCCCUUAAUUCAGUGGGAAUCCUUCCUGUGGAUUAUCUUAACAACACAGAUCUCUUCAAAGCAGAGAGCAUGUUUACAAAUGCAGUACAGAUUCUUGAACAGUUCAAGGUGAAAAUGACUCAGAAAAAAGAAGUUACUUUACCAUUUUUAUUUACACCAUUUAAAUUACUCUCUGAUUCUAAACAACUCAACAUUUUAAGAAAAGCAAGAUCUUAUAUAAAACAAAGAAAGUUUGAUGAAGCCGUGUCCCUCUGCAAGGAGCUGAUUCACCUUGCAUUGGAAGGAUUGUCUUACUACCACACUUACGACAGAUUCUUUCUGGGCGUCAAUGUGGUUGCUGGUUUUGUGGGAUGGACAUCGUAUGCUUCUUUGUUGAUCAUCAAGUCUCAUUCCAACCUUACGAGAGGUUUAACAGUUAAGAAAUCAAGCCAUCUCCUGCCAUACGGUUUCCUCGCUGCUGGCCUUUUAGUAGCUUUGUUUCUGCUGAUUCAAGCCUGUCCCUGGACUUACUAUGUGUAUUGUUUGUUGCCAGUGCCAAUAUGGUAUGCUGUUCUAAGAGAAUUUCAAGUUAUUCAGGACCUUGUUGCAUCCCUGUUGACCUUUCCUCUGAGCCAUUUUGUUGGAUACCUGUUGGUCUUUACUGUGGGAAUUGAAGUAUUAGUUCUCAGUUUUUUCUACCGCUAUAUGCUUACAGCUGGACUUAUUGUGUUUGCGGGUUGGCCGUUUCUUACUAAACUGUGGACUCAAGCAAAGAUCACUUCACUGAGUUGGACUCUCUUUUCUUUGCUCCUGGCGGUGUUCCCACUGAUGCCUGUUGUAGGUCGGACGCCAGACAUCUCUCUAGUAAUGGGUGCAGGCUUGCUGGUUCUUCUGCUGUCCCUGUUUGCUGUACCAUCUCUCAUAAAAAGAAAAGGUAGUUUUGCAAAGGAAGAGCUAUUGGUACAUCUCUUACAGAUUCUGAGCACAGUGCUGUCCAUGUAUGUUGUAUACAGCACCAAUAGCAGUCUACGCAGGAAACAAGGACUACCUCUAAUGAAUCAGCUUUUGAGUUGGGCAGUGUUAGCCUCUUCCUUGGUUGUGCCCCUACUGAGCUCUCCGGUUCUCUUCCAGCGAUUGUUUAGCAUUCUUCUUUCCUUGAUGUCAACCUACCUGCUUCUAAGCACAGGGUAUGAAGCUCUCUUUCCAUUAGUGUUGUCGUGUUUGAUGUUUGUCUGGAUACACAUGGAACAAGAAACCCUACAACAAUCUGGUAUUUCAUGUAAAAAGAAGCUCACCAAUAUUCAGUUCUCCUAUACCAUGGAUAUAACUCAGUUUCGACAGCUUUACUUGGAUGACAUCCGUAGGGCCUUUUUCCUUGUUUUCUUCUUAGUGACAGCAUUUUUUGGAACUGGAAAUAUAGCUUCUAUUAACAGCUUUGAACUUGCCUCUGUCUAUUGCUUUCUGACUGUGUUUAGUCCAUUCAUGAUGGGAGCCCUGAUGAUGUGGAAGAUUCUGAUCCCCUUUGUGCUUGUGAUGUGUGCUUUUGAAGCAGUACAAUUAACGACUCAGCUGUCAUCAAAAAGCCUUUUUCUCAUUGUUCUCGUCAUAUCAGACAUCAUGGCUUUGCAUUUUUUCUUUUUGGUCAAGGAUUAUGGCAGCUGGCUUGAUAUUGGAACAAGCAUCAGCCACUACGUGAUUGUCAUGUCCAUGACCAUCUUUCUAGUGUUUCUCAAUGGCCUGGCACAGAUGCUCACGACAAAGAAACUCAAACUACGUGGUUUUGACAGUGAUGUUUCAAAGCCCCUGCAGCAAUCUCCUCCCUAUCUGGACUGCUUCUCUUACACCCCAAGGAGAUUGUGCACCUGUAGGGCCCAAUGCUGAUGGCAUCCAAAUCAUUGCUGUGGCCGACUUGAAGGAAAUCACCAGGUGACACCAUAAAUAUUUAUAAACUCUCAGCACUGGUUUCGCAGUACUUCUGACUAUUCAACAAUAUUACUAGAAAGAUAAUCAGGGUGUGUUAUUUCCCAUUUUCUAAAGCUUCAGUAGAAGUGUCAGCACAGUGGCAUAGUGGGUAAAGCUGCCACCUGCGGCUUGGCAUCCCAUAUGGACGCCAGUUUGAGUCCCGGCUGCUCCACUUCUGAUCCCGCUCCCUGCUAAUGAGCCUGGGAAGGCAGUGGAAGAUGGCCCAAGUACUUUGUCCACUGUACCUAUGUGGGAGACCCGGAAGAAGCUCCAAGCCUCUGGCUGCAGCUUAACCCAGCCCCAGCCACUUUGCCCAUUUGGGGAGUGAGCCAGCAGAUGGAAGAUAUCUCUUUCUCUCUCUGCCUCUGCUUCUCCCUCUCUGUAACUUUACCUUUCAAAUAAAGAAAUAAAUCUUUUUAAAUUUUUUUAAAUAAAGCUUCAGUGGAAAAAUGUUUGCAGGUGUUUGUUGUUUUUCUUCAGUACAUAGUAACAUUGUAUGCUUCUUUAGCGCUAUUUCUAGGGUUUUCAUAGUCAGGCCGUGUUAAUCUUCACUUUUUUUUAUCAUAUCUGGAUACUCAUGGAAUUUCUGGCAACAGCAAAAGAGGAAAUACUUAGUAUUUGUCUAUAGGAAACAAUUGAGGUAGUGUUUCAUUAGAGAUUCAACGUUUGUUACCCCCAUAGCUUUUUUCAUGCAUUUUUUUCAACAGAAUUCUUCAAUUGAAUAGUUAAACUUUCUGACGAUAGCAUAAGAAUUCAUGUUAAAAUUGCUAAUCUGAUUCUGAAAGUCUAGUUCAAAAGCUUUAACUCUCAGGAAAUUUAAAUUUCCAUUCAUAAACUAAUCAUAAGCCAAUUUUAAUGGACCAAGUCUUUUAAGAACAAUAUUUGGGUUUUCCAUAAAGUGACCUUCACAUGUCACUGUAGAGCUUGCCUUUUGCUUGUGGUGUGCCAGUAGCUUUUGGCUGAUGCUAAACUUUGUUGGUAUGUGUCCCAUUUUUAAAAAUAAUUGCAUUUGAAUUGUUAUAGCAUUACUACUUUAGAUCAAUGAUUAGGAAACCCUCUAAAAAUUACUAGGUUUUUCAAAUUGGCAGGUGAGUGAACAAAACAAUUUGCAAGAUUCAAAAAUCAGCUAGGAAAAAUGUACCUUUAAAGAUUUUAUUUAUAAUAAGAUAGAAAUUUAUGGGGCCAGUGCUCUGGCAUAGAAGGCUAAGCCUUCUCUUGCUGUACCAGCAUCCCAUAUGGGCACUGGUUCGAGUCCCGACUGCUCCGCUUCCGAUUCAGCUCCCUGCUGAUAGCAUGGAAAAGCAGAGGAAGAUAGCCCAAGUGCUUAGCCCCCUGCACCUGCAUGGGAGACCUGAAAGAAACCCCUGGCUCCUGGCUCCUGGCUCCUGCCUUUGGAUCAGCCCAGCUCUGGCCAUUGCAGCCAUUUGUUGAGUGAUCCAACAGAUGGAAGAGUCUCUCUCUCUCCCUCUCUCUAACUCUCCCUCUCAAGUAAAUAAAUAAAAAUAUUAAUAUUAAGAAAAAAUUUAUUUGUGACAGUACUUAAUGGUAUAGCUUGAAAACAUUAUGGUCUGGAAAAUAGUAUUAAUGUUAAUUAAAGUUUCUUGCCUUGGUCUGUAAUAUACGAUCCAGGUGGACCGCUUAAGUGAACAGUGUGGCAGGGCAGAAUGAGAAUCCUUGAGCUUUCUUAUGACCUCAAGGACUUUUGAUCAGCUUUUUUACACCUCAGAGAAAAGUGAUUUUAUUGACACUUAUCUAGUUUUGCUUUCAUCUUUCUCCAUAUAGAGGAAUUAAAGAAUUUGUUAUUGCAACAUUGUAAAAGCUGCGCAGUGCUUUUAUCUUUCUUAUUUUGCUUUUCCAAGGCUGUGUUGCUCUUAACAUUCUAUUUUGGGUCCAAGGGAGUUUACAUAAGAGGACAGUGCAUCUACAAGCACAGGCUUGCCUCGCACACCUUAACCAGACUCCUCAGAUUUGGGCCUUUCUGAUACAUAGUUUCUUAUAUAUCUGCAUUGUUCUAAGAUUUUUUUUUUUAAGAUUUAUUUGUAUAUUUGAAAGGCAAUGUUAGAGACAGAGACAAAUAGAGAUCUUCCAUCUGCUGGUUCGCUCCUCAAAUGGUUGCAGCAGCUGGGGCUGGGCCAAGCCAGAGCCAGGAGCCAGGAGCUUCUUCUGGGUCUGCCAUGUGGUGCAGAGCCCAAACAAUUGGGCCAUCUUCCACGGCUUUCCCAGGCGCAUUAGCAGGGAGCUGGAUCAAAGGUAGAGCAGCCAGGGACUUGAACCUGUGUCCAGGUGGCUUUACCAGCUAUGCCACAGUGCCGGCCUCAAGAUGUGUUCUUAUAUUGAAAAAAGAAGUAAGAUUUCAACGAAAUUUGUUCUGUUGUUUUUAAAUUUUUAUUUUUAGUUUUUAUUUAAAAAGCUGAGUGAAAAAGAGUUGAAGAGCAAUGGAACCUCAUUUCCUUAGUAUAUAAAUAUAUGGCACAAUAAAAAGGGUUACCUGAUCAAAUAUACUUGAGAAAUACCUGUUCAAACAAAGUUAAACAGAUGCAUUUGUUUUCACACUAAGGCAGUUUAACAUAUGUGCACUGGGAAGGGAGGAAGCUAGCAGUAUGCCAGAAACUUCCACUUGACUACUGUCCCUUCCUUAGAGUCUCUCUCCUGAGACUAAACAUACUUUAGAAAUAUCUCAACAGUAUGCUUUUAUCCCCGUGUACUGAAACCUCAGUUUGUCUCACUGUUUUGAAACUAGGGUGCUGUAUGCUUAAUUGAAUUUUUUGUGAGAAAUCAAAAGUGAUUUGUAUCAUAACCCUUGAAGUUGGAAAACUUUAAAAUGCACUGGAAAUUUUGCCUGCCCCUUUAUGAAUUAUGCCUAUUAUCAUUUCGUCUCCGUGGGAACCUCCUGUGCUUCCAAAUUGCAUCCUGUUUGUCACAGCUCAUUGUCCAACCCUAUCAGUUUCUUAUAGUUUACUUCCUUUACCUGAAAAAUAACAAAUACCAACUUUUUUUUCUUAUUGUAGGACACUGUAUAAGGUGAUUACUCUUUAAAUGUUUUACAAUGCUUGGUUACAAAAAAGGUAUGAAAAGAAAACAUUUCAUUUUAUUGACCUUAGAAAGCUAAAAUCUAACAGUAUUAUCCUUCAGCUAAACAUAUGAAAAGAUUUUAAAAGCUUGACUUGCAUUGGAUACCUCUCAUCAAAUAUGAAGAAUUUCAUGAAUUAUUUUUGUUUUUUCCAUCUUUUUAUUUUUUCCAUGAAUUUUUAAGAGCUGUUUUUACCUAAAGUAGAUAAUAUUCAGUGGACUUGACUAAUACAAUUGUCAUUGGGCCCAACAAGGGUAAUGGUCCAUCUUGCAGACAGUUCCUAGAAUAUCUACUACUAGUUGGUCCGUGUUUUAAAAGUUCCUCUACUUGCUAAUGGGAAGCAGCAUUCUUAAAGUUAGACAACAUAAAAUCAAGUCCCAAUUUGCUUGAUAUGCUUUUGCUUAUUUUUUCCUCUCAGGUUUAUUGUGAUUGGUUUUAUCUUGUUAAAAAAAAAAAAAUGAAUCAUACCACCUCAUCCAGGUGAUGAAGGUUUAUCUCAACAAUAACAAGCUGCUAGAGUCCCUGGGUUGGAGUCCUGCCCCCCACUCUCCAUUCCAGCUUCCUGCUAAUGCACACCUGGUAGGCAGUGAGUGAUGGCCAAGUACUUGGGUCCCUGCUACUCACAUAGGAAUCGCAUGAAUUUUGCAGGCAUUUAGAGAGUGAAUCAAUGGAUUGGAGUUCUCUCUCUCAAUCUCUCUGCCUUUCAAGUAAAAUAAAUAUUUUUUAAAAUAAAUGUAAUAUGGCAGCCUGGAUGGGACUCAGAUCAUUAAAAGGCAUUAUAUAAAAACUAAAGAAAUCUGAAUAUAGUGUAGACUUUAUUUCAUAAAAGCAGUGUUGAUUCAUUAAUUGUGAAAAAUGUACCUUACUGAUAAUGUAAAAUGUUACUGACAGAAGAAACUGGGUGAGGGAAUAUAUGGAAACCCCACUAUCUUUGU